AUGAUUCCCUGUGAGGAUAUUGUAUUUCCCACAGGAACGGCAAAUUCAGGGAACAGAAACAGAUGCAGGAUAACCUUGGACUUGAUCAUCAAAGUUCAGCUCCUCAGGCUGAACUUGUCCAGUAAGAACCCCAGGAACAAGGAGGAAGCUGAGAAGAAAUUUAAAGAAAUUUUGGAAGCACACAAGGUUUUGUCUGACCCUCAGAAGCAAUUGCUGUAUGACAAGUCUGUUGAGGAGAGCAGGUCAACGGAGGGUUUCAAUGGCUUCUUUGGUUCUCCUCAUGUAUUCUCCCAUCAAGAAGAGUUCUUUGGAGGGAGGGAUCCCUUUGCAUAUAUUUUCUGGAACCCCUUUGACAUCAGAAUCAAUGGUGAAAACCAGCACAAUACAAGCAGAAGAGGAGGAAGCUCCAGCCCAUGUACUUCCUAUAGGGAGUCAUUUAUGCCAUGGAAUUCUUGUCACAGAAAGCUCUGCGCCUACACCUUUAGUGAAACCACAGUUGGGCCAUGUGGUCCCACAACAAUGGUUAGCUAUACUAAAGUGAUCAAUGGCAAGACAAUCACCACCUGGCCAAUCUUUGAGAAUGGGCAUGAGAGAAAGGAAGUAGAAGAAGAUGGCCAGCUAAAGUCUGUGAAAAUCCAUGGGACAGAGAUCCUGAAUUCUUAA